AUUCUGACUUGGCACCUCAUUCUGCACAGAACUUUUUGGAAGUUGGAGGGAAGAGGACACUCAGAGGGAGGUGCUGCCCUCAGCAAGGACGCUGGCGUGCCCUGGACUCAACGGGAACAGGGGAGGUGUUCCCAGAAGCACCAGCUCCUGGACAGCUCAGAACUCUGACUUGGAUCCUGACCAAAGAGUGCCCAACCGCUAAACAGGCUGAGGGCCCCUUUCUCUAAGGCCCGCAUCCCUCCCUCGGGGUGCGCCCUGCCCCUCCCUGAGUCACCCCAGGGAGAGAGGGGGAAAAAAGGGAAGAGAGAAGCUGCAUUGACUACAGAGGAAGGAAAAGGAAACAGAGGAGGGAGGAGAGAGGCCAGGCAGGAGUGGGUGACAGAGGAGCCCGAGAGGGCAGAUCUAGGGCAAAUCUAGGGCAGGGGGAGGUCGAGGAAGGGCAGACCGAGCAUCCCAAGGUGCCCCAAGAGCAGGGCCCGGGGGCGGGGAACCCAGGGGGCGGACCGGCCAUGUCCACGGGACCUACUACGAGUGUGAGCCCCGGGCUGGCCAGCAGCCACUCGAAUUCUCAGGGGCCCGAGCGGGGCCUGGGGAGCUGGGGGACAUGUGUGAGCAUGAGGCCUCCAUCGACCUCUCUGCCUACAUCGAGUCUGGGGAGGAGCAGCUUCUCUCCGACCUCUUCGCUGUGAAGCCAUCACCGGAGGCCCGCGGCCUCAAGGGCCCCGGAACCCCUUCUUUCCCCCACUACCUGCCACCUGACCCUCGGCCCUUCGCCUACCCCCCGCAUACCUUCGGCCCCGACAGGAAGGCGCUGGGACCCGGCAUCUACAGCAGCCCAGGGAGCUACGACCCCAGGGCUGUGGCUGUGAAGGAGGAGCCUCGGGGCCCCGAGGGCAGCCGCGGGGCCAGCCGCAGCGGCUACAAUCCUCUGCAGUACCAAGUGGCACACUGUGGGCAGACGGCCAUGCACCUGCCCCCAGCUCUAGCAGCGCCCAGCCAGCCCCUGCGUGUCCUCAAGGCCCCUAUGACUGCUGCCGCGGCCCCCUGCAGCCCCCUUCUAAAGGCUCCCUCUCCAGCUGGCCCCUCGCACAAGGGCAAGAAGGCGGUCAACAAAGACAGCCUGGAGUACCGGCUGCGGCGGGAGCGGAACAACAUUGCCGUGCGCAAGAGUCGGGACAAGGCCAAGAGGCGCAUUCUGGAGACGCAGCAGAAGGUACUGGAGUACAUGGCAGAGAACGAGCGCCUCCGCAGCCGCGUGGAGCAGCUGACCCAGGAGCUGGACACCCUUCGAAACCUCUUCCGCCAGAUCCCCGAGGCCGCCAACCUCAUCAAGGGUGUGGGGGGUUGCAGCUGAGUCCAGCUGGCAGACUGUGGGCACCUUACCCCCCAGCCUGACCCUGGGGACCCCUGCUCUGCUGGGGUUCUAGAGCCCCUCACAGGCCAAGCCUAAGACAUACAUCAUGGACAAAUGGCAGCAGGUGGCAAGGGAGGAGGGCGGGCCUCAGCAUUAUGAUUCUGAAGCUGAAUAAAAUUGCACCUUGACUUGG